UCCUAUUGUUUACAGACGACCUGGGGGAGGCGAGACGGACGCCCUUAGGAGGCCAGCGGGACGCCUUUUUAACGCCAUUUAACGCCCCAGCACUCUCCCGCCGCCACGACCUCCACGCCGCAUGCCCUGCCAACACCUAGUCGUCAAUGACAGCAUUAUGAUGGAAAUAAGCAAAGAUGGUGGACACUGUGUCUGCUGAGGAAAGGAGGAAGGAGCUUCUGGAAGACUCUCAAAAGUACACAUACCCGGAAGACUCAGCAAGUAUAAAGCUACGAUAUAAAGACACGGCCCUUGUGUUAUUUAAGGAAGGUCAUGACGAUCCCAAGAGCUUCCUCUCAUUUGGGACGCGGAGGUCCUCCUCGGUGAGUCAGUAUGGAAAUACUCCUCUCAUCGUCCGCAGGUCCCAGAGUUCAAAUGGUGAGCUCUCCAUGGUCGCUGAACAGUGGCCUUCUAUCAGUUGCAGAACCUCAGUAAGUAAUUAUACUUUAGUAGAGGCUGGAGAGAGGGAUGACGACGAUAGCGAGACGGAGGAUGAGCUGGAUGUUGCGGUCAAGAACAUCAGCGGCGAAUUACAAGACCUGAAGGAGACAGAGGAGAGUGAGGGCAGUGUUGCGGAUGGCAAUGAGGAUGCCACGAGUGAAAGUGGCAAGCAGAGUGUUGUUAUCAGAGGGACCAAGGGGAGUGAAACAACGUUGGAAGUGACAGAAAAGCAGCAGCAAGCAAGUUUGGCAGAAGAAAAGGGCACCCCACUGCAGGCUGGAGAGUAUGAAACCAGAAAGAGCUUCAUCCACUAUGACCUGCCAAUACAGAGGCCCAAAUCAGUUGAUAAAGAGAAAAAUGAUAAGAUUGGUGAUGAGAGCCAUGACCAGGAAAAGUCUGUUAAAGAGCAGGAGGAUGAAACGCAUGAAGUUCAGGCUCAUGAUGAAAAACAGGGAGAUUCAGCUAAAGAAACCGCCAAAGAUACGGGCAGAGAAAUUAAGUUGAGUGUAGAAGACCAAGGUGAUAGUGCUGAUGAAAAGCAAGUGGAAGAUAGGAGUGAGUGUCCAUCACCAAAAGCUGAAGAGUCUCCUGUGGUGGAUGCUGUAGCCAAAGACAAGGAAAGCACAAAAACAAUAGUAGAAUAUUCAAUUGUCGAAUCUCACAAAGAGAGUGUCCUUAAAAAGGAUGAACCUUUGGUGGAUACCUCACCUGGCCGCAGAAAUAAUGGGUCUUCCUCUCUUUGUCAGGAGAAAGUUGGUCAAGAUCCCUUUAGCCAGAGAUAUUCUCAAAUCUUUAGAACAGAAUUAAAAAUUGUGGAAGCUUCAGACUUAGAGUCAAAUACUAAGUCUACCGUACUCAAGGUUCAGCCGUCUGAGGCUUCAGCUAUAGCUGCCAAUGAUGAAGAUGAGGAUGACGAUGAUGACAUAGAAUUUGUUGAUGCAAUUUCUCCAGUUUCCCCAAAAAUAGACAUUAGAAGUGAGGGGCAGAUUCUUGCCAAACAGUCUGUAGCAGGAAAAGAGGAAAAACCCACAGUUGCACCAGAUGCAUCAAAGACAAGUGAAAGGGCUAGAACUCCCUCUCUUCCCCCACAAGUUACUACAGGAAAAGAGGAAGGUCAGACCAAAAAGGAUUCUGCAAAUGAUUUGAACAAAUCUUUUGAUCCAGAAGAAUCCACUAAAUUCCUCGACCUGCCAGUCCGAAGUCCCACUCCACCCAAGAAAAGUCCGAGAAGGUCGCCAAGAAGUCCCAAGAGCAAAGAGGCAAGCAAGAGUCGUCAUUCCUCGCUGGUUUCGCCCCUGGACCCUGAACCUCAAGCGGUGGCUCGAAAGGGGACUAGAUCGGCCUCUCCAACCACCAAGACGAAAGAGCACGGCAGAGUCUUCACGUUCUCCUUGAAGCGAGAGAAGAGCAAGAGUGCCUCGUCUUUGCAUUCAAGAAGAAGUAAGGAUAAAGACAGGUCUUCGGUCCAAGAGGAAAAAGAGGCAGGAAUGAAGCAUCAGGUCCUCUUGCAUGGCGAGAGUGAUGACAUGCAGCUUGAGUCCCUUGGGAAAAGAGUUGGUGUCAGAAGCAUGGUCAUUGAUGGAACAAUCAAGCGCAACUUUAUUGUCAUACACCCAUCAGAUGAGUCGGACACCAUAGGGCUGGCACCAAGGGCUGUCAUUUCAAAUGGUGAUGGUAAUGCACAUAUCAGAACCCCCAAAGCACUUUCAAGUGUGAAGUCUCACAUUUCAGGUCUCACAUCCAACAAAAUUGAGUCAGUCCAGAAAAUUUCUUUGAAACAUGACAUAAAGGAAGAAUUGACAGACACAGUAAGGGAUUCAGUCUCCUCCCCUACAACACUGGGACCAGUACCAAAAAGGUCGCGGUCAAGAAAAACUAAAAGCACUGACAAAAUCCGUGCAAGUUCACAUUCCCUGUCCAGUUACCCUGCAAGUGACAACCAGUUGCAGAGAACAGCAUCAGGGAUGUCGGAGGUGGAUUGUGAUUCUGUUAACAUGUCUUCACAAAGCUUGCAUGUCAGCACAAAUAAAAUCACAUCAAAACUGUGUAGUAUUAUGUGAAGAUUUUAUAUUAUUUAAAAGACAGAAGAACUAUAUAUUUGUUCAUUUUGAAAAUAAAAAUAGAUUUAACUUUUAGAAGGGCUACAAAGAAAAGAAAGAAACAUUUAUAUUACAUUACAAGAUAUAUUGAGAAUACUGGCUGUAGUCUGGACACUGAGAGUCCAUGUAGUCGCUGUUGUUCACUGUCUCGGAAAGUCACAAAGCGCAAAUUACUCUGUGAUUUAUUGGUGCCAUGAGGAAUAAGUAGACAGUAAUCAAAAUUGUUUGUCUCGUGAAAUAUUGUUUGGUCGGCCUUGGCACCUGUUGAGCAGGUUUGUGACAUGUUUCCUUAUUGUCUUGCCCCAUUUUGUAUAAAAAAAGAAAAAAAGGAAAAGUUAUUUUUGAUCAAACUCUUUCAUUCAGUAACUUGUAAGGGUGUUUUUUAUAUUUACCCAUAGAUAAUUUUGAUCAUAGAUGAUAUGAUUUAAGAUGUACUCUCUCUUCAUUGGCUUAUACUUUACGGUCAUUGCAUUUACUCUGCUUUUCAAGGUAUAAAGUGCAUUAAGAUUGAAUAUGCAUGAAUUGCAAGUGUUAAAGGGAGAUGUGGAAGUGAAAUGAUACAAGUUUUGCGUAAGUCUUUUAGGACUUUUUGGACUGAAGUUAAAGUUACUCUGUUCUCAGGCCGUGGUUUUUUUUUUCUUAUUUAUGACUGUGAAUUAUUACAGGAAGGAAAUGGUUGUGAAAAUUGUUAUAUUGUUUGCUGUCAGUGUUCUUGUUCUGUUUUUAUAUGCAAGGAGUUUUUGUUUUUAUUAUUUAAUGGAUGUGUUCACUCUUAUUUAAUUUUGAAAUGCAAUAUUUAAAGUGUUCAUUUUCACAUUUCCAGAGUUUUUAGAUAUUGCUUUGCAUGCUUUGGAAAGAUAUGCUUAUUUAUUACACAAAGUUGUCCCCAUGAAUUGUAAGACAGUGGUGAACACCUGUUGUUUGUUUGUUAAAAGUUUCUGAUAGCUUAUAUUGUAAUUUUUUUUAUAUGAUGCACAUUCAUGUCAUCUUCUGUGUUGCAGAAUAGAUAUUGAGUAUGCAGAUACUGAGCACUGUAAAGCAUAUGCACUCCAGUUAAUCAUUUUAAGAUCAUCAACAGUUAAAAAGACUGACAUAGCUGGUGUUUAUUUGCCACAGUAUUACCAGAGAUCUGGCAACCAAGUCUCUGUUUUGCAAAGCCUUCAUUUUGUUAAGUUUCAUCUGUUGGUUGGCUGGCAGGAGAUGGUAACAAUAGGUUUACCUUUAAGGAGUAUAGAUUAACGGAAAAUUUUCUACACACACAGGGAAAAUCACUGGGAAAAAGUGUGGGGAAAAUAUUUUGUUUUGAACUUUUAUUUUCCUUAUUUUGAGGUAGCUGUCAUGCCUUUUGCCUUACUAUGUUAAUGAAAGAAAGGAUGCCAUGGAUGUUCCUAAGCCACCAAGCAAUAUGCAUAAAUGUCUGAUACUUACAUGUGUUCAGUCUUUUAAAAUAGUAUGAUGUUAAUUCUCUCUAUUCUUAUCUUUAUUUAUUGUAAAGGACUAAAAUUAUGGUCUUUUCUCUCCUUUAGGAAAUUCGUCUAGUCUCUUAUAAAAUAGAAAAUAAAUUUCAUAAAAUGACACAUGUAGCAUAUCUUUGUUAAUUUUUAUAUCUCUGAUGAAAAUUUAAUCUCGGUGGCAUCUCCUUAGAUGUGUAAAAAAAGGGAAUCAUGUAUAUUCAUUAUUAAUUAAGAGCAAGGGUCAGUGUGUGUUCAUAUGCAUAUUUAUAGUCUAAUGGGCCAUCUCAUGAUCAGUGCGUGCGCAAACACUGCACAAAAAUUGGAACAAGUUCAGAAGCAGAAUUAGGCGCCAUUUUAUUGUGCCAUGAUAGGAUUUCUAAGUGAUUACGAUUGAUCUGAUAAAAUGGGGUUUUGAUAUCUCUGUUUGAAGGGAUCAGGAAAAAUACAGUAGAUACAUCCAUGUAUUUAUUUAUAUAUAUAUAUUUUUUUCAUUCUUUCUUUAUCUUUUUGUAUUAUUAUUAUAAGCCUUGAUUGUCAAAAGGUCACAUUGCCAGAUAUCUGAAUUUAAGGCAGAGCAUAGCUGUGACGGUUAAAUACUUUGCUGUUGAAGUUUAUUUUUUAAUUUAAUUUAUUUUUUUCUUUCUAUUUUUCACAUUAGUUAUUUUUGGUAAGAGAGGGUAUCCAUCAUAUACUGGUGAAUACAUUGGGGAGAUCUUGGCCAUAUUAUUGCCAUAUUAUUCACUGAUCAUUGUUGUGGUUUAUUAGACAAGAAUAAGACUUGUGUAGCCAAUCAACAGACCAUAUUGUGUGUGCAUGUGUGUGUCUUUUCCAAGUUGUUUUGUAGGCUGAUAGGUCAUGUGAUCUUAAGAGAUAUGCAGUAUACUGUCAUACCAACACAUAUUGUGAUAUAAUUAUUUGGAGCAUUUCGAAGUGAUAUGAUCCUUAGGUCUCGGUUAUAUAUGCCCUUUACUUCCUUUCAGUAUUAUUUUGUAUGAUACCAUUACCUUAUUUUUCACUUUUUCUCAUUUUGAUGUGGUAGCAAAGGAGAUAUAGAUGAGUGGGAAUGUAAUCCAUGACAUAACUUUGUUACCGAUAUGGUUUUUUAUUCCCACCCCCCCCAUUUUUUUCAGGCUUAGCUUGUGUGUUUUUUUGUUUUUUUUUAUGUAGAUGAAUAUUUGCUUUGAUUUUUUUUUUGCUAAAGAAGUUACAUUUCAUUUGUCUUUCACUCUUCACUGGUGCUUCCCUCUUCCUAUUUAUUUAUUUUCUGUUGCACACGUACCACAUUUAAAUGAUCAGUGACGUGGAAAGCUUUGGAUACGAGUUUUUCCAUCAAAUGGAUAAUUGAGGUGCUUUCCGCUGGAUUUUCUAGACUGUGCAUUUCCUUUAUAUAGAUAUAUGAAAGUGAGAUGAUCCCAAAGUGUUGUGUAUCCUUGUGAUAAAGAUUUGUGUGUGAUGAUGUAUAGUCUUCUGUCUGGUGGAAAGAAAAUAUCCUUUUUGUAUGUGAGAGUUUUCGGAUUAGGGAAAACUGGAGCACCCUGUUUGAUAGCUUCUUUAGGCAUUCAUUCGUAAUUCAUAGUAACAUGAAUUGUAGGAGGAGGACUGUAUAUCUAUAAGGGUAGAGUGAGAGUGAGAGUGUCUGUCUGUCUGUCUGUCUGUCUGUCUGUCUGUCUGUCUGUCUAUAUGAGUGUUUGUCUACAUGUGAGUUAAUAUGUGUGCUGGCAUGCAUGCAUGUGUGUGUGUGUGUGUGUGUGUGUGUGUGUGUGUGUGUGUGUGUGUGUGUGUGUAUGUGUAUGUGUAUGUGUGUGUGUGUAAAGCUGCAAGUAUAUAUAUUGUGUGU